GAAGGAACAAUUCUCCAAACUCAAGAAACCUGUGUUAACUGCUUAUGAAUAUCUCAGGGCCAUUAGUGUCUGAAGGACAGUGGAGUGCUGCUGGUGGGCUGGUCUCAGUGUGCCUCCUCGUGUUCCUUGUCCCUGCAGUCCAUUCUGAUGCGUCUCCUGGUCCCAUGCUCCUUUCAAGUGACUCUUGGUCUUGGGAGGUCUCCCACUGGAGACUGACCUCAAAGUCACCUCAGGCAGGAUGGCUCCUGGGACAGACUUACAAGAGGAGGAGACCAUUUGUGCCAUCCCUAUGUGGUAACCCUUGAGGUUUUUUCGGUUCAGCCAUGGGCCAGAAAGAAUCCUUCCAGACCCAUAGCCUGAAUACCUCAGCCCAGCUCCCUGCAGAGGGCACCUCAGGGACCUCCCCAAAACCUCAGCACAGAACCUAUUGGCUGCUGUGGCCACCCAGUGCCACCAGCAAGGCGAGAGCUGCCUUGAGAAGUGAGCAGUCCCUUCAUCAUCCUGCUGCAUCUGUGAGGAGCUGCACUGCAGACACCAUGCAGCCCCAUGCCAUCCUCCUUCUGUUCUUCUUCCCUGGGACCUGGGCAGAGCCAGAGGGCUCCCACAUGCUCAAGCUUCUCCAUUUCGCCACCUUCCAAAACAGCACCUCCGUGCUUGUGGGAGGACUGGGACUCUUGGGGGACGUGGAAAUAGGGUCUCUGGACAGCCGCACUGGGAACAUCCACUACUACCGGCCCUGGCUGCGCCCAUCCCUGCUGAAAGGUGACUGGGAUGUCAUCGAGAGCUCCAUCAAGUCAUACGUGAGAGAUUUCAGCAGGCUGGUGCAGAUGUACACCACAGUGCCCUACCCUUUUGUCUUCCAGUCCUCCAUAGGCUGUGAGCUCCAGUCCAAUGGGACCAUCAGGACCUUCUUAGACAUUGCUUACGAGGGCCAGAAUUUCCUCCGUUUCUGCCUGGACAAAGGCACUUGGGAUCAGAUGCAACAUAACCAGUUGGCAGCCAUAGCUGAGCACCUGAUGAUGAACGCCAGCACUCUCAAUGAGGUGAUCCAAGUGCUCCUCAACAACACCUGUGUGGACAUUCUGAGAAUUUUCAUCCAGGCUGGGAAAGCAGAUCUGGAGAGACAAGUGCCACCCAUCGCUGUGGUCUUCGCCCGCACGGCCGGCCCAGCGCAGCUCCUGCUGGUUUGCCGUGUCACCAGCUUCUACCCACCGCCCAUCACCAUCACCUGGCUGCGGGACGGCAGAGAGGUGCCGCCGAGCCCGGCGCUGAGCACCGGCGCUGUGUUACCCAACGCCGACCUCACCUACCAGCUCCGCAGCACCCUGCUGGUGUCCCCCCGGGACGGGCACAGCUACACCUGCCGCGUGCAGCACUGCAGCCUGGGUGACCGCAGCCUCCUCGUCCCCUGGGAGCACUCCAAGCAGGGGCUGAGCGCGGGGCUCGGGGCGGUCCUGCUGCUGGCUGCGGCCGCCGUCGCCGCAGGGUUGGUGUGGAGAUACAGGAAGCGGCAGCGCUUGGACGAGGAGCGCAGCAUCCCUCUGGAGGAGCACCGGAGCGCAGCGCAGGAUGGGGCAGCCGCGGGACACUACGGGGGCUGCGGCCGCGGAACGCCCGCGACGCCCACCAGCGGCGCUGGAAGCGCUGAGCAGCACUGA